AUGCUUUUGUUGCUGAUAGCCAUGCCGACAAUGGGACUUUGUGCACAGCACCUCUUUGACGCGGACGCUCCAGCGAGGGUACUCGAUGCUUUUCCUGUCGAACCGCCACCGACUGAGCUGUACGAUCCUACACCGUCUUCGUCCAAUUGCAAAAUGAACCCCACAGAAACAACCACUUUGGAAGCGGUUACAAAGUCAUGCGAGAACGCCAAAGACGCAAUUGCUUCUUUCUUCAAAAAAUCGGCUGAAAAUGCAGGAACUACCAUGCACUUCAUUUACCGCAAGUUCCGCGAACUUAUUGGAUGGAAUGGGAACGAGCACUGCCAGAGAGAUAAUCAAUCUCCUACGCCCAAUUCUGAGAACCUCAGCUUUGAAAUGGACAACACCUUGGUUAUGCUGGAGAAAACAAAAGAUGAUGACAACGUAAAGAAGUCUGCAGAUAAUCAGAACGAAAAUGGUCGUGAUGUUAUAAUUGAAAGUACCGAUCCAAGGGGACAGAAAUACCCGAAUCGUCCAAUAAGAUUUCUGGAAAAAGUAGAGCAGCUGAAUGCGGAACUCCAAAAUGAUUUGACCGUGAUGGAGGACACCAUUAAAUAA